AUGGUGGACGCAUCAGCUCCAGCUUCGGAAUUUCCAGCCGCUUCCGAGCCUGUCCAGAAAGCGUCAGGCUCGGAAGCGGAGUCGAAUGCCGAAGCUCUUCCAGUGAUCGACAUGGUGCCAAUCCUAGAGCUUGCCGAGGCGAAAGUGUGCUCCUGUUCAGUGAACGACCGUGUUGGCGUGUUCGAUGCAUCGAUCUCGUCAGCUCUUGACAGCAAAGCUGUAGACGUCGCAUCAGCAGCCCCUCGCCUCGCUUUGCUUAUCUUCCAAACCCUCCCCAUCUACUCCGACCGUCGCUCCCAAGCCUCUGUUGAGCGAGCUUUAACCAAAGCCCUCAAGCGCGAAACUGCCUUUGUCAAGGCAUUCGCCGGAGCUCUUGUCCAAGCCUGCGCCAAGCCAGGUUCGGUGUCAGCCUCGGUGGCUGGCUUGGUUAGGUACAAGCUGCUUAAGUGGUCGUGUUUGCUGCUGAGAGAGAGGGGGGAUGCGAUCGUGGGGGUGCGGGCGGCGUUCUCUCGUCUGGUAGUGGCGCAAGGGACGUUGCUGACGGUGGCGCUGGGAGACGAGCCAAGGCUGAAACGAGCUUCGUUGCAUGCUGUCAACGAGAUGCUUGGCGCGGUGCCGUCCCUUGCAGCAGCAUACCUGGCAGAGCUAAAAUCCACGCCUGUCACCCUCACCACAGUCGGCAUCGCCCAUCCCCUUCUCACCUACUUCCUCGAGACCAAGGCCCGCGGAGCAGAAGGUGCUGCUGCAGCAGAUGGCGUAGCAAACGGGGCUGCAGAUGCAGUCUCAGCUGCGCCUGGUUCCGCAGCAGAGGCCAAGGCGUUCUUCCUGGAAACCUACUCCAAGCUCGUGCUGAGCAGCAGGGAGCGCCCCCCCCACGUGGCGUCGGAGGCGUUUGCCCCUCUGCUGCACUCGCUGGAGCACUCGGAGUUCAAAGGGACGCUCUUCCCCACUGCUGCCAAGAUGCUCAAACGCAACCCCGAGCUCAUCAUGGACGCAGUUGGCUACCUGCUGUCCACUGUGCGUCUCGAUCUGAGUGCCUAUGCACCAGAGCUGCUGCCCACCCUGGCGCUGCAGGCGCGGCACCAGAACGCAGCCACAAGGGAGGAAGCGAUUGGCGUAUUUGCAGUAGCGGCCAAGCAGUGCAGCGACUCUGACAGCAUCCGGACCAUGUUUGCAUACCUCAAGGGGGUACUAGCGGGCAAGGAGGGCAAGCUGACGUCAGUGUAUCAGAAGGUGGGAGUCUACCAGACUCUCCGCGCCCUGUCCUCCUUCUCCCCACCGGGACCCAAUGCCAUGGCUCCAGCUGUCGCUGCUGACGUGGCAGAGUUCCUGAUGUCGGCGUAUGCUGGCGACACCAAUGAAGAGGUGCUUGCAUCGAUCCUCUCAGCGCUGGGCGAGUGGCUUGCACGGACAGCAAGGCAGGCGCCUGCUGCCACGUCAGCUUUUGUCACUGCCAGGCUGGCAAAGGAGAAGGAGACGCUCAGGCGAUGCAUGCUGAGGUGUCUGCGAAUGGCCUUCCGUAACCCUCACGUGCGAGAGAAGCUUGUCCCGUGCGUGGAUGCGCUAGUGGCACUGGUGAAGAGCGGAGUGGCGAAGCCCACCAUGCGGCUGGAUGGGGUGUAUGCUCUGCUGCUCGCUGCAUCCAUCGCUGCACUCGACCUGGGAUCAGAGGAGAAGCUAGCCAAGGAGAAAGUGUGGCAGCUGGUGCUGCAGGGUGAUCCACCCUUCCUCUCCACUGCCAUUGUGCCUAAGGUCACUGGGGAAGAGGACCUUCUGGCGCUGCUUGAACUGGUGGAGGUGGUGCUGCUGCACCAUUCCGCCAGUGUCAGCACUGGCCAUGCUGCAGCUGUCAGCACAAACGAGCUUUGCAGGCUCGCGGUGCAUCUGCUGUGGCACCCCUUGUCAUCAGUGCGCAAGGCAGCGCACGCCAUGGUGGCUCGCUUCCACGCCAUCUCGCCUCUCCUCUCCGACUCCCUGCUGGACGCCCUCUCCCUCUCUCUGCCGCCUCUGGAGGACCUCGCAGCAGCCGCUGCCGUCAGCACUGGGGAUUCCCCUGAGGCAGCAGCAUCGCCAGAGUCUGCAGCAGACCGCCUUCCUCCCCCACAGCUGCUGGGGCAGGCGCUGCUGGUGGUGGCGGGCACAGGGGCCGUGGCAGAGAGGGUGGGCGUGGCGGCACGGGUGAUGCUGCUGGCUCACCAUAGGCUUGUUGCUGGGGGGCGGAAGAGAGAUGUCGUGUGGCAGGAGCUUGUAAGGGCAUGGCAGCGUCGGGCAUAUGAGGUGUCUGCCACUCUGGCCGCGGAGCCUGUUGUUGUGGCUAAGAUUCUGACUGGACCAGCGGGGCUCGCAUCCAGCCGCCCAGCUCAGUCAGAUGCUGCCAUCGCAGCCAUCCAAUCUGCCAUGCGCCUCAUCCCUGCAGAGUUCUUCCAGCCACUUGUCACGGAGCUGGAAGCGGUGGGACAGCGGGAGGAGCACGAUGCUCUCACAGAAUCUGAGAUUAAGAUAUUCAACACACCAGAGGGCAUGCUAUCAGCAGAGGACGGAGUGUACGUGGCAGCGGUGGUGAGGGACAAGAACGUGAGGCAGGCAAGGGGCAAGCUGAAGCUGUACGGUGCAGAGCUGGAUGAUGAUGACGAGGAGGAGGAGCCUAGCAAACCCGCCCCUGCUGCUGCAGCGGCGAAGAAAAGUGCUGGUGCGAGGGACAAGCUGAAGCUGUACGGUGCAGAGCUGGAUGAUGAUGACGAGGAGGAGGGGAAACCCACCCCAGCUGCUGCCCCUGCGAAGAAACCUUCCGCUGCCACACCAGGAGCUCGCGGUGCAGCUGAGACCAGUGGCCCAAAGGGUGUGGCUGGGAGAGGAGCAGGUAAGAAGGACACGGGGAAGCCGGGGGCAAAAAAAGCAAUUCCUAUACCAUUCCCUUGCGUUUAUUCUACCCGCUGUCUAUAUUUACAGGCCACACCAGCAAGGGGAGGAGCUGGAGCUGGUGGAGCCAAGGGGGCGGCUGGGAGAGGAGCAGGCAAGAAGGACGCGGGGAAGCCUGGGGCUAAGAAAGCAGCGGCAGGCGAGGGGGAGAAGGGGAAGACUGCCAAAGAGGAGGCUAGGGAGGCACUGCUGCUGGAGGAGGAGAAAGUGAGGGAGAGAGUGAGAGGGAUUCAGAGGCACACGGGGGUGCUGGUGCGGGCGCUGGGUGCUGCUGCUGCUGCCAACCCGGCCUUCUCACACGACCAGCUGCCCCAGCUCGUAGCAUCCAUACUGCCGCUGCUGCGCUCGCCGCUCAUCCCCUCACAAGCCUUUGAUGCGCUGGCGCUGGUGAUGCGCUGCCUCUCCCCCGCGCUGCAGCCCUUCUCCUGGGACGUCGCCUCCGCCCUCUGCUCCGUCUCCCUCGCAGGGGAGAGCCUUGCGGAGCAGCUUAAGGAGGAGAGUGCGGAGGAGGGCGAGGAGGAGGGAGGGGAUGGGAAGAGGAGGAGGAAGAAGGAGGAGAGUGUGGUGGAUAGGGUGGUGAGGGCUGUGUGGGCGGCGUGUAAGGAGGGAGGGUCGCUUCCUGCUGCUACAUUUGGCGCUGUGUUCCCGAUCUUUGAGAGAGUGCUUCGGGCAAACAAGAAGACCCGUCUGCACGACUCCAUCAUCUCCAUCCUGCAGCUGCACACAUCGCCCUUCAUCACUCUGCCGCGCCUCGCCAUGAUCUCGGUGCUCUACCACGUGUUGGGCCGUGUGCGCAUCUACCACUCACGAGUCCAACCGAUUCUGAGGGAGCUCUGCAGAGGCCUCAAGUCGGACGAGAUUGGAGGGGCACUAGAAGGUCUGUUUGCAGAGCAGGCACAUGUGAGGGAGGCGUGUUUGGAAGCAGUCAAGUAUAUUCCAACCCUAGCAGCAGGCAAGGCCCCUCAGGACCAAUAUGUGGCCUGUGCCAUCUGGAUGGCCCAAUACGACCCCGAACCUGCCAACGCCGAGGCUGCCGAGAUGGUCUGGGACAUGUACGGGCACGAGCUAGGCCCGGAGUAUGCGCCGAACCUGAUUGUCAGCCUCGGGAACCCGAGCCAGGAGGUUCGUCUGGCAGCUGCUGAGGCUAUGGCGGCAGCUAUGGAUGAAUACCGAGGCACUAUCCAGGCCAGUUUAUCAAGCCUGUUCUCGCUGUACGUGCGGGAUGCGCCACCUCAGACUGCCAUGUGGCGGCCUCAGGAUGAUGCCACGUGGCACAGCAGGGAGGGCAUGGCUCUGGCGAUGCGAGCGGCUGCUGACGUGCUGACCACUAAGGAGCUGCCACUUGUCGCCACGUUCCUCAUCUCCAAAGCUCUGGCUGAUCCUAACGAGGAGGUUCGGAGGCGCAUGGUGGAGGCAGGUUUGGCGAUCAUCAACCGGCACGGCAAGGAGAACGUGGGGCUGCUGCUGCCCAUCUUUGAGAACUACCUCGACAGAAAGGCGGACAACGAGCACAGUUAUGAUCUUGUGCGAGAGGGCGUGGUGGUCUUCCUCGGUGCCCUCGCAAAGCAUCUUGCCCCGGAGGAUCCCAAGGUGACGCUCAUUCUCGCACGGCUGCUGGAGGUGCUGAACACGCCCUCAGAGGCCGUGCAGAGGGCCGUGUCUGACUGCCUGCCGCCGCUCAUGCCCGCCAUCUCCCUCAAGGAGGGCGGAGCCCAGGCGCUCAUAGCCCAGCAGCUCAAGGUGCUGCUGACCAGCGACCGCUUUGCCGAGAGGAGAGGCGCGGCGUUCGGGCUUGCUGGAGUGGUGAAGGGGCUUGGGCUGAGGAGCAUUCGAGAUUAUGGCGUGCUCCAGGCGCUGAUCAAGGGCGUGGAGGACAAAUCCUGCCGUAUCUUUUGGUGUGCUACUCCGACACAGCCUCUCAUCGUCUCACAACACCCCCCCCUUCCACUUCCCCUCCCCUCCCCCCUUCCUCCCACCAUCAGCUACGUGAUUCACAUCUUGCCGUACCUCCUGGUGUGCUACUCAGACACAGCCACGCCAGUGAGGGAGGCCACGGUGCAUGCGUCUCGCUGCAUCAUGGGGCAACUCAGCGCUCCUGGGGUCAAGCUCAUCCUGCCCGCGCUACUCAAGGGAUUGGAGGAGAAGGCGUGGCGCAGCAAGCAGGGCAGCGUGCAGCUGCUGGGAGCCAUGGCCUUUUGUGCGCCCCGCCAGCUGUCGCACUGCCUGCCGCUCGUGGUGCCCAAGCUCAGCGAGGUUCUCACCGACACGCACCCCAAGGUGCAGGCAGCUGCGCACACGUCCCUGCAGCAAGUGGGGAGUGUCAUCCGCAACCCUGAGAUUGCCGCCCUUGUGCCCUCGCUGCUGGAUGGCAUCGCCAACCCCAACAAGCACACCCGCGCCUGCCUCGACCUUCUGCUGCAGACCACUUUUGUGAACUCCAUCGACGCAGCUUCCCUGGCGCUCGUCAUCCCCAUCGUGCACCGCGCGCUGAGAGAGCGCUCCUCCGACAUCAAGAAGCGAGCCGCUCAGAUUGUCGGCAACACGGUCUCCCUUGUCACGGACCACUCCUCGCUGCUGCCAUAUCUCAACCUGCUCCUGCCCGGGCUCAAGAAAGUAUUGUUAGACCCGCAUCCGGACGUGCGCACCGUGGCGGCCAAGGCGUUUGGGUCGCUGGUGCGCGGUGUUGGAGAGCAUGAGUUCCCUGAUCUUGUUCCCUGGAUGCUCGAAACCAUCGGGUCCGAUGCGUCGAGUGUGGAGAGGUCCGGGGCGGCACAGGGGUUGAGCGAAGUGCUAGGGGCGCAGGGCCGUCACCGGUUCGAGCUGCUGCUGCCAGACCUGCUGGCGGGGUGCUCGCACAAGGUGGCGACGGUCAGAGACGGCCACCUCACCCUGUUCAAGUACCUACCGCUUGCCUUCGGGGCGCCCUUCCAGAACUACCUCCCCCAAGUGCUGCCUGCCAUCCUGGACGGUCUGGCGGAUGAGAGUGAGAGUGUGCGCGAUGCAGCACUGGCAGCCGGGCAUGUGUUGGUGCAGCAGUACGCCAUCAGCUCGCUGCCUUUGCUGUUGCCAGCAGUGGAGGAGGGGCUGUUCAGCGACAGCUGGCGGAUCAGACAGAGCUCCAUGGAACUGCUGGGCGACCUGCUCUUCAAGGUCGCAGGCACAUCCGGAAAGGUGGUGUUGGAGGGGGGCAGCGACGACGAGGGAGCCAGCACGGAGGCGCAGGGCCGGGCGAUUCUGGAUGUGCUGGGGCUGGAGAGGCGCAACGAGGUGCUGGCUGCCGUCUACAUUGUUCGAUCCGACGUGUCACUGUCCGUGCGACAGUCCGCGGUGCAUGUGUGGAAGACCAUAGUGGCCAACACGCCGCGCACACUCAAGGAGAUCAUGCCCACUCUCAUGCGCCUGCUCAUCGACUCGCUCGGCUCACCCUCCUUCGAACGCCGCCAGAUGGCCAGUCGGGCCAUAGGCGAGUUGGUGCGCAAGCUGGGAGAGCGAGUGCUACCUUCUGUGGUGCCCAUUCUCUCUGCCGGUCUCAAAGACCCCAACCCCGCCACCAGACAGGGUGUGUGCUGUGGGCUGGGCGAGGUGAUGAAUGCAGCAGGGCGGCAGAACCUCACAUCCCACCUGGACGACCUUAUUGGCACCAUCCGCACUGCACUCUGUGACGAGGAUGCUGAAGUGCGGGAGGCAGCAGCACAGGCCUUCAGCACGCUCUACAAGAGUGCGGGCAUGCAAGCCAUUGAUGAGAUUGUGCCAGCACUGCUGCACUCUCUGGAGGAUCCUCACACAUCUGCCACAGCCCUUGAUGGACUCAAACAAAUCCUCAGUGUGCGCACCACUGUCGUUCUGCCUCACAUCCUGCCCAAGCUCGUCAAACCACCCCUCACGGAGUUCAAGGCACAUGCUCUGGGUGCGCUGGCAGAGGUGGCAGGGGCGGGCAUGUGUGUGCAUCUGGCCACGGUGCUGCCGCCGCUGCUCAAUGAGAUGGGGCAGAUGGAGGAGUCUGCCUUGCGCUCGAUGGCAGUGGCGUCAGCAGAGGCGGUGGUCAAGGGAGUGGACGAGGAGGGGCUGGACUCUCUUAUUGGCGAGCUCACCCACGCACUGUCUGACAACUCGGCUGUCAUGAGGCGUGGAGCAGCGAAGCUUCUAGGAACCUUCUGCAAGAUCACACGUGUGGAUCUGGAGGAGGAGCUGCCGUCGCUGAUGGCCAUCCUCAUCGUCAUGCUCGCUGACCCUGAUGAGGCCUGUGUGAAGGUGGCAUGGGAGGCGCUGGGCAGUGUCACAAGCACCAUCCCCAAGGAGUCGCUGCCAGUGCACCUCAAAGUGGUUCGGGACGCUGUUGCCACAGCCAGGGACAGGGAGAGGAGGAAGAGGAAGGGCGUUCCCAUGCUCGUUGCUGGCUUCUGCCUGCCAAAGGGCUUGCAGCCGGUGCUUCAGAUAUACCUCCAGGCGCUCAUGCUGGGAUCAGCGGAGAUGCGAGAGGCGGCAGCAGACGGUCUGGCCGAGCUGAUAGACGUGGCCAGUGAGGCGGCUCUGCGGCCGUUUGUGGUGCCCAUCACUGGUCCACUCAUCCGAAUAGUGGGGGAUCGCUUCCCCUGGCAGGUCAAGGCGGCCAUUCUCUCCACCCUCGCCAUCCUCAUCUCAAAAGGAGGCAUCGCUCUCAAGCCCUUCCUGCCACAGCUGCAGACCACCUUCAUACGCUGCCUUCAAGACUCCAACCGCACGGUGCGCUCGCGAGCAGCCAAGGCGUUGGGGCGGCUGACAGCUCUCAACCCAAGAGUGGAUGCUCUCAUCUCCGACCUCCUCAACUCCAUCCAGACUGCAGACGGUGCAGUGAAGGAGUCGAUGCUCAUGGCCAUCCGCGGAGUGGUGAGGCACGGAGGCAAGGCCGCUUCUCCCGCCUCUCUGGAGCGCCUCUCCUCGUCGCUGCAGGCGGUACUGUUCGCCUCUGACAGCGAUGACGACUCUGUUGUUCGCUCCGUCGCUGCUAGGGCUCUUGGGGGCACUGCGCAGUAUCUAUCGGAGCCGGAUUACCUCUCUCUCCUCUCUGCCCUCGCCGCCCCCCUCCCCUCCUCGCGGCCCUGGUCGCACCGCCUCGCAGCUGCACUCGCCCUCUCCUCCCUCCUCCGCCACACUGCCUCCCGCCCUGCGCCGCUGUCAGCAUCCCAGCUCACAGCUGUGGGUGACAAGGCAGCGGUGGCGAUAAGAGCACAUGCAGGGGAUGAUAAGGUGCCGGUGCGGGAGACGGCGGCUAAGUCGGCGGGGAGGUGGCUGGUGCUGUUUGGGAUGGGGGGGGGGAGUGCGGCGGGUGUGGUGGGGGUGCUGGCUUCGCUGCUUGGGGAUGCUGCUAGUGACGUGCGGAGGAGGGCGCUGUCUGCUGUCAAGAUGGUUGCUAAGAAGGAGCCCAUCCCUGCAAAGCUCAUGGCAGCGCUAGGUCCACCCCUGUCGGAGUGCCUGAAAGACACAAGCCAGCCUGUGAGGAUGGCUGCAGAGCGAACCAUUCUACAUGCCUUCCAGCUCAGCAAGGGCCCUGACCAGGUGACAGCAGCGCAGAAGUACCUCACAGGGCUCGAAUCUCGUCGCAUUGCUAAGAUGCCCGUUGUCAGUGAUGGCAGUGACGAUAGUGAAGAUGACGAUGCACAGGAUGAUUAA